AGUGUGUAAGGGGGCAGGCAGAUACUUGAAGGGCUGGUCCUGGUCUAUCAUGUCUAUAAGAGCAGAGCACUGGCCUUCACAUGGGCAUACAUCUCUGAGGGACAUACAGGUUGUUUCACACAGGCAAAGGAAGACAUCCAUACCUGGCUAAAAGAUGGGUUGGCAGAAGGCCACGCUGGAUAAGCUUGCACACACUUUCCAGAUCCGCAACAAGCUGCUGCGCCAGGGACUGGCUGAAUGUUUGGGAACUCUCAUCCUGGUGAUGUUCGGCUGUGGUGCGGUUGCCCAAAUGGUACUUAGUGAAAAAAGCCAUGGCCGUUUUCUCUCUGUAAACCUUGCUUUUGGGUUUGCUGCUACCCUUGGAAUCUUGGUUUGUGGCCAGGUGUCAGGUGGACAUUUAAAUCCAGCAGUUACAUUUGCUCUCUGCCUCUUGGGAAGGGAAAAAUGGAGAAAGUUCCCUGUGUACUUUCUGUUCCAAACAAUUGGAGCCUUCUUGGGUGCCGCAAUUAUCUUUGCUGAAUACCAUGAUGCAAUGUAUGAUUAUGCUGGAGAAAAAAAUGAGUUGCUUGUAACUGGGGACAAAGCCACUGCUGGUAUUUUUGCUACAUACCCAAGCCCACAUCUCACCAUCUUGAAUGGAUUUUUUGACCAGGUGAUCGGCACAGCAGCUCUGAUUGUCUGCAUCCUGGCCAUUGUGGACCCCUACAACAACCCAAUCCCUCAAGGUCUUGAGGCCUUCACAGUGGGAUUCAGCGUCCUGAUCAUUGGACUCUCCAUGGGCUUCAAUUCUGGUUAUGCCAUCAACCCAGCUAGGGAUUUCGGGCCUCGUCUUUUCACUGCCAUGGCUGGUUGGGGUGGUGAAGUCUUCACUAACAGACAGUGCUGGUUUUUGGUGCCCUUUUUUGCCCCCUUCCUUGGAUCCAUUAUUGGUGUGAUUGUGUACCAGUUGAUGGUCGGGUGGCAUGUGGAGGGAGAAGUACGAGACAAUAAGAAUAAAGCCAAGGAAGAGUCUUUGAAACUUAACGACGUCAGCAGCAGCAAGGAAUGAUCUGCAUCAUCUCUAUCAGCACUUCGCACCAUAAAUCCACAUAAACUCUCUAUUUUCAGUCUCUCAGUUUAAUAAAUAUGUAUUGUUCCA